GCGCACUGUCAUAACUCCAUCCAUCCAUCGAGGAAGUGGUCGUGUCGUGAAUCGGUCGUGAAACUGUGCGCGCUUUCGGAAUUGCAAAAUCCGCUACCUUGUCACGCCUGCCCGUCGUCGGAAGCGGGUGCAAAGGGUGCGCCAGGUGCGCGGGUGUCCGGUACGUGCGGCGAAUCGUGCCCCAAUGUGGGCCAAGUGUGCGAAAAUUGCGAUCGAAAAAAGUCAAAAUCGUCCCGCGAGCGAAAUUUUCUUCCCCCGCCGACCUCGUCGUCACGAGCAGCAGCAGCAGCCCCUUCAGCAGAAGGAGAGGGAAGAAGGCGACGUCGUGUUUGUGUUGGUGGCGGUGGUCAGCGGAAAAAGAAGAAGACGACGACAACGGUGUGGUGGAGAAACGUCACCACAGCAGCAGCUGGCCGUCAAAACAACAGCGAGUGAAGCAGCAGCUGGUGCUGACGGGCAUCGUCGUUUGGGAGCAAAACAAAAGAAGAUUCGGAGUAGUUGUAGACUCGGACGUCGGUGGUCCAUCGAGAUUGCUGUUGCUUCUUCCCACAUCCACCGCAAGUGCCAACAAACUCAGAGGGCUUCAACCGCGGAAGCGUUGAACGCGCUCGUUGGCCCCCGUUUGAUGGAAGUAUGAACCAAGAGCCCUGCUCAUACGCCCUCACGCAGAUCACUGGCCUGGUAGCGAACUUGAACAAGAAGAACUUUGCCGCGAGCAGUCGCCAAAUAGCUCAGUUUGUGAAGGACUUUGGUGUGGAAGCGGACCGUCAUCUGCUGCGUGCCCUGUUUUCGGCGAUUGACUUUAGCUCGGACGCCCCGCCGAACCCGGCCCAGGCCCAAACGCAGAACGGCCUGCUGAUCCGGCUGCUGUCGGAGGAACUGACCGGUCUGCUCACCAAGCCCCAGCUGGUCGGGAACGUCUGCUACGCGGUGGACAAUCUGCUGCCGCAGCAAAAGACCCUAAAGUCGUCGCCGCAUCUGGUCGCCCAGGUAUCGACUGCUCUCGGCUGCUCGCCCAUCCAGGAGGGUGCCCUCGCGCUCGCGCUCCUCAACUCGGCCCACUCGGAUACGGUGCUGAGUGCGGAGAACCACGGCCGAAUCUGCCUGGCCGGGCUCAUUGAAUCGUACAUAAAUUUAGAACCAAGCCAAUCCAGCCAGGAGGGAAGUCUCAACGACGUCACCCCGGAGCUACUGCAGCACAUUCUAUCGGUGCUGUCGCACGGCAAGCAUCGCGAAUUCGGACUCGCCGACUCGACGUACGCCCGCUUCGUGCAGCAGCUGUGUCGGGACUUUCCGCGGGAGCGCGUUCCGGUGGUGCUAGCGCCGCUGCUCUACCCGGAGGACUCGGAAGUUUCGGCCGAAGCGGUCAAGGCCAACUCCCAGUCGCUGCUGCGGUCGUCCGUAAUGGACACUGCCUGGGGCAGUCUGGUGAUGGAGAUCGGUUACACGUUUACGGCCUCGCUCGAGGACUGCAAGAACCACCUGCUGAAGGUUGGCGGCCGGGAGAUAUCGGCGCAGGAUGUGGCCAAGAUCAUUUCGUCGAUGUGCUUGACGCACGCGUCGCUGUCGGAGAGUAGCAUCAAUCUACCGACGCCGAGCAGCUUCUGGCCGCAGGGAGCGGAUCCCGGGGGGAAGGGAAAGGAUGGUCAGAAUGGUGGGUCCGGGUCGGAGAACAGCACCUGGAAGCCGGAGAUCUUCGUGCAGGCACUGAAGGAGGUGGUUCCGGGCUUGAACUGGAAGGAUGUGUGUUUGGCGUUGGACCAUCAGGAGUUCCUGAUCAAGGACCGUCCCGGCCUGUCGCUGCUGCUGUCGAUUGUGAAGAUGGGCGUGCAGUCGAGUGGGCUGGGACAGCACUUCCCGGUGGAAUGCGUCUACCAGCGAUGGACGAAUGUUGAAGGUCAGCUGUCGUUGAUCACGAUGAUCCUGAAGAAUCCGGAUCUGUACUCGUUUGCUGAUCACAUCUACACGAGCGUGUCCGUUGAUCUGCUCAAAACGCCACCCGAGACGGACAACAAGGAGGUGGCUUCGUGGAUGUCCCUGCACCUGGUGGACGUUCUGCUGUACAUCGCCGACAACGGCUUCUACCAGCAAGUGAUGGAGAUCUUCAAGAUUCCGAUCCAGCUCUGCCCAGACAUUCUGUUCAUGGCACUGCUGCAGAUCAACCCCCCCGUCACGAUGUCCCGCCAGGAGCUGUUCACCACGUUGAUUCCGAUCUUCCUGGGAAAUCACCCCAACUCCGGAACGAUCCUGCACCACGCCUGGAACAACACCAGCUUCAACCCGUCGCUGCGGCACAUCAUUCUGCACUCGAUGAGCGAAUGGUAUCUGCGCGGCGAGAAUGACCAAUCGCGACUCUCGCGGAUUCUGGACGUGGCGCAAGACCUGAAGGCGCUUUCGAACCUGCUGAACGUGCGUUCGUUCAUCUUCAUCAUCGACUUGGCAUGCUUGGCCUCGCGCCGUGAAUAUCUCAAGCUGGAGAAGUGGCUCGCCGACAAGAUCCGCGAGCACGGAGAACCAUUCGUGAAGACGAUCAUCAAGUUUCUGCAGCGUCGCUGUCCGCAGAUCAUGGUUGGGAAGUUUGCCGACGAGCAGAUCCCAAAAUCGGCGCAACUUCCACCGGAGACGCUGAGCACCAUCCUGACGUGUCUGCAAGCCUGCGUGGGAAAUGUUAGUCCGGACGUGGCCGAAGUUAUCAUGGGAAUGUCGCAGUACAAUCUGCUGUUGACCAGCAAGACUCGUGCCCAGCAGGCGCCCCAACAGCAGCAGCAACCGCCGCCGGGAGUGCUGCGUCAGCAUCGUGGUCUGGAAGCACCCUUCACGGCAUCCGCGCUGGGAGGCCAGAUCUUCCCGGGACCUUCGGUUGAAUCGCUGUCCGGAUUGGCCUCGAACAUGGCCGGGUUGAACCUGGGAGCGCCUGGAAACAGUGCGUUCAGCUUCGGAAGUGCCCUCGGCAAUCUGGUAUCGACUCCGGCUUCACCUUCGCGACUGCUGGCCGGUGGUCCCUCGAACAGUCCGUUCCCAUUGAUGUCGAUGCCGCCGACUGGAACCGUUGGUAAUAUCGGACGUCUGCCGCAAACUCCGACCGGAGACAAGCUGAACAUGGCGGGUGCAGGACAAGCGAGUUUCCCCGAGAUCGGAGGUCAAGCGGUUUCCAAGGAGGUUGAAGACGAAGCCAACAGCUACUUCCAGCGAAUCUACAACCAUCCGCCGCACAACAAUCUGUCGAUCGACGAGGUGCUGGACAUGUUGCAGCGCUUCAAGGAUUCGCCGAUUCGGCGCGAGUGCGACGUCUAUCAGUGUAUGCUGCGAAACCUGUUUGAGGAGUACAAGUUCUUCCCGCAGUAUCCGGACAAGGAGUUGCAGAUUACGGCACAGCUGUUUGGUGGAAUGGUCGAGCGCAACCUCGUGACCACGUACGUUGCCUUGGGUUUGGCCCUGCGUUGCGUGCUGGACGCGCUGAAGAAGCCGGAAGGUUCCAAGAUGUACUACUUUGGAAUUACGGCGCUGGAUCGGUUCAAGAACAAGCUGCACCUCUACCCGAAGUACUGCGAGUACGUCCACUCGAUCCCGCACUUUGACCAGUUCCCGCCGCACCUCAUCGAGUACAUUGAGUACGGAGCUCAAGCGCAAGAACCGCCGAACAAGACGCUCGGACCGGGACCGCUGCCCGCAUCCAUCACCCAACUGAUCCCCGGCCCCGCGGUCGUCCCAGGUGGCAACCCGCUCUACCGCAGCAGCUCGGUGGCGAACGCUAGCAAUCUGACCGCCACGGCACCACCGCCGGUCGCCGCCAAAGUCAGCGGAGUUGGCGCCCAGCUCGGCAACACGUCCGGGCAACCUCCGCGCGUCAAGUCCAUUGCGAACGCGACCAACAUCGACACGCUGCUGGUGGCCACCCAGGACCGGGAGGAGAAGCUGAUUACGCCGCCGGACACGAUGCAGGACAAGACGGCGUUCAUCUUCAACAAUCUGAGCCAGCUGAAUCUGCAGCAAAAGUGCGAGGAGAUCAAGGAGAUCAUCCAGAAGGACUACCACGCGUGGUUGGCGCAGUAUCUGGUGCUGAAGCGUGCCUCGAUCGAGGUCAACUUCCACGUGCUGUACUCGAACUUUUUGGACGCGCUCAAGAUUCCGGAGAUUAACCGGCUGGUCACGAAGGAGACUUUUAGGAAUAUCAAGGUGCUGCUGCGUUCGGAUAAGGGAAUUGCGAACUUUUCGGACAGGAGCCUGUUGAAGAACUUGGGUCACUGGCUGGGCAUGAUGACGCUCGGAAGGAACAGGCCAAUUUUGCACCUGGACAUUGACGUGAAGUCGCUGCUGGUGGAGGCGUACAACAAGGGCCAGCAGGAGCUUCUGUACGUGGUUCCGUUUGUGGCGAAGGUGCUGGAGUCGUGCGCGAAGAGCAAGGUGUUCAAACCUCCGAAUCCGUGGACGAUGGCGAUUAUGAACAUUUUGGCCGAGUUGCACCAGGAGCCGGACCUGAAGCUGAACUUGAAGUUUGAGAUUGAGGUGCUGUGCAAGAACUUGAACAUUGAUGUGGCUGAUUUGAAGCCGGCGAUUUAUUUGAAGGAUCCGGAGCGGGCCCAGAACAUUGAGUAUCAGUUGUCGCAGCCGAAACCGGUGAAGGAGCUUCAACCGAUGCCACCGAUGCAGGUCCCGGAGGAGAUUGUGUCCGCUGGGCCUUCGGGAUCGCCAGCGAUCCCCGCGAUGGACCCAUCGCUUGCUGUUACGGGUCCGCCGGAGCCCCGCUUCCACUACUCGGACAUAAACAUCUCGAACUUUGCCUGCAUCAACCAGCACGUGACUUACUCGCCCAACAUUGCCCUGCUGCACACGCAUCCGCACCUGAAGCAGAUCAUCAAGACCGCGCUGGAGCGAACCAUCACGGAUUGGAUCACUCCGGUGGUGGAGCGCAGCGUCAAGAUUGCGUCCAAGACGUGCGAGCAGAUCAUCCGCAAGGACUUUGCACUGGACUCGGAUGAGCAGCGAAUGCGUACGGCGGCGCACAAUCUGGGUCGCAACCUGGCCGCCGGAAUGGCCAUGAUCACGUGCCGCGAUCAGCUGAUGCAAAACAUCCAGAACAGCAUCAAGAGCGCGUUCAUGACUACGCUGAGCCCGGCCCAGAAGGAGGUGGCCGAUGCUGCGGCGAAUCAGCUGGCGGCGGACAACAUGGAGCUGGUGUCGGCGUUCAUCCAGAAGACCGCGAUCGAGAAGGUCGUGCCCGAGAUGGACAAACUGCUGGCGUCGGACUUUGAACACCGCAAGAUCGCUCGCCAGGAGGGUCGUCGCUACUGCGAAGCUAGCGUGUUGACCUACCAGGCGGAGCGAAUGCCCGAGCGGAUUCGGCUGAGCGUGGGAGGCGUUUCGCCGAGUCAGCUAGCGGUGUACGAGGAGUUUGCCCGGAACAUCCCCGGCUUCAAGCCGAUCACCGACAUGGACAACGUGAUUUUCGCGCCCAAGAUGGACACGAUUCCGCAGGUAGCGCAACAGUUCUCGGCGGCGGCCGCAGCAGCUGCAGCAGCAGCCGUUCAGGUCACGCCGGACGAGAUCGGUGUGCUGUACGACGAGCUGGCCAGCAAGAUGGAGGCGUUCCUGAACGCCGCGGUCAACGUGCCGCAGCUGCAGGUUAGUGUUCACGUGACCAACAUGCACAACCUGUUGGAGUGUCUGAUCUUGGCGCGUCGUUCGCGGGACAACCUGACGGCGUGCAAUCUGCUGAACAAGGCCGUCGAGGGUAUUAUGGAGGGAUUGAUGAACAUCCCGGAGCACAUCGACCAGAUCAAGCUGUACCGAGAUAUUCACCUGCGGGUGAUGCGUCUGCUGCAGGAUCCGCGCGCUUUUGGGCCGGUUUGGACCAACAAGGCCAUCACGCGGUACAUGCUCGAGUGCCGCGAAGAGAUUCGCUACAACGUGGAGGCGGUUGACCUGCUGAUUUCGUCCAACUUUGUCAACAUGCCGCAGUACGACAUGAUGCUGAUGCAGCUGAUGGACAACGGAAACAACUACGUCGCGGUGGUGUUUGCCAUGCAGCUCGUCCAGACGUACUUUAUCGACGAGCGUCCCAACUCGGUCAUCACCGAGAACGACCUGUUGAACACGAUCGAUCUGCUGGCGAGACUGGCCGUGCAUCCGCGUGCCCCCGAGGGAUUGGCCCACUUGAUUGAGAUGCUCCGCUCGAACCAUGAUCCCAACACCUUCCUGGUGGACCGUGCGCUCGCUGGACCGACGUCGUACAUCCACUCCGGAAUCAUCCAGGCGCGAGCCACCGACAUUGAGGAUCCGCCGGGCUUUGCCGAGCGUACCGAGUUUCUGCUGAAGGACUGGAUCACGAUCUACCACACACAAGCGGCCGGUCGUGACCCGAUCAAGGCGUUCAGCAUCUUCGUCAACAAGAUGAACGCGUACGGCAUCCUGAAGGGCGACGAACCGCUGACCCGGUUCUUCCGACAUGCCACGCAGUGCUGCAUCGAUCUGACGUACCGCAACAUGACCGAUCCGGGACUGAAAACGAAGAUCUUCCAGUGGAUCGACGCGUACGUGCGGUUGAUCGCGCUGCUCGUAAAGCACUCGGGAGAAAGUGGCAACUCCAGCACCAAGUUGAACCUCCUCAACAAGGUUCUCGGAAUCGUCGUUGGUAUCCUGCUGCAAGAUCAGGAAGUCCACGGAACUGCCUUCCAACAGCUCGGAUACAAUCGUAUCUUCAUCAUGCUGUUCCUGGAGCUGAGCGCACACGAUCCCGUCCUGGAGAACAUCAGCCUCUCGGUCAUCACCGCGUUCUGCCACACGUUCCACAUCCUGCGACCUUCGCUGGCCCCAGGCUUCUGCUACUCCUGGCUGGAGCUCAUCUCACACCGUGUCUUCAUCGGCCGUAUCCUGGCGUCGAUCCCCCAACAGAAGGGCUGGUCCAUGUACUCGCAGCUGCUGAUCGACCUGUUCAAGUAUCUGGCUCCGUUCCUGCGCAACGCCGAACUGGCCAAACCCGUCCAGCACCUGUACAAGGGAACGCUGCGAGUGCUGCUCGUCCUGCUGCAUGACUUCCCCGAGUUCCUGUGCGAUUACCACUUUGGCUUCUGCGACGUAAUCCCACCGAAUUGCAUCCAGAUGCGCAACCUGAUCCUGUCGGCGUACCCGCGAAACAUGCGCCUGCCCGACCCGUUCACACCGAACUUGAAGGUUGACAUGCUGACCGACAUUGGCGGCGCACCGCGCAUCUUCACCAACUACGCGGCCGCCAUCACGCCGCAGAGCUUCAAGAAGGACCUGGACUCGUAUCUGAAGGCGCGCUCGCCCGUCACCUUCCUGUCGGAGCUGCGCAGCAACCUGCAGAUCUCGAACGAGCCCGGCUCGCGCUACAACAUCCCGCUGAUGAACGCACUGGUGCUGUACGUCGGCACGCAAGCCAUCGCGCACAUUCGUUCGAAGAACCUGGGACCCACGAUGGCGACGAUCGUGCACAGUGCCCACAUGGACAUCUUCCAGAACCUGGCGGUGGACCUGGACAACGAGGGGCGCUACCUGUUCCUGAACGCGAUCGCGAACCAGCUGCGGUACCCGAACAGCCACACGCACUACUUCAGCUGUGCCAUUCUGUACCUGUUCGUGGAGGCCAACUCGGAGGCGAUACAGGAGCAAAUCACGCGCGUUCUGCUCGAACGGCUGAUCGUGAACCGUCCGCACCCGUGGGGCCUGCUCAUCACGUUCAUCGAGCUGAUCAAGAACCCGCAGUACAAGUUCUGGGACCACGACUUUGUGCACUGCGCGCCGGAAAUUGAAAAACUCUUCGAAUCGGUGGCCAACUCGUGCAUGGUGGUCAAGUCCAAGAGUCAGCAGCAACAACAGCAACAGCAGCAGCAGCAGCAGCAGAUGUCGAACGUCGGCGAGUCGGAGAUUGCCGAGUGCAACUAGGUGUUAAGCGGUAAAGAGUCGGAGCGUGGUUCAGGAGGUUUCGUUUAGGACUUGUUUGAUUGUUAGUUUUGCUUUUAAUGCGCGUUUUUCUUUUGUCACUGGCUAGAACAGAACUGAUGAUUUAGAAGAAGUUUAUUUUUUUAAUCGUUUCAUCAAUUGAUCCUGUAAAUAUUACACCUUUACAGUUUUGUAAUUAGAGUGUGCAAGUGUUUUUUUAGUGGAAAAAUUAUGCAAACAGAAAACACUCAAAUAAUUAGGUCUUGAACGAAUGGUCCAAACACACUCGCGCACACUCUCUCUCUAUCGAUAAUAAGUGAAUGUAGUCCUUGGCGUGUCGGUGUAUUGACUAUAAACAUUUGUCUAGCGAACAGGGUUUUAAACUCUUCUAAACGCGCGUAGCUUCAAAAAUGCAAACAAAACAACAAAAAAAUGUGCGUGCUGUAUUCAAACAAGUGAAUAUGCUCGCAGUCGAGGAAUGUGAAAAAACAAGAAAACACACAAAAACUCAGCAAAAAUCGAGACGAAAAAGGCGGACGAAACUGUGUUUUAUUAGAGUUAAGGUUGCGUUGCGUAAAUGUGCGUAUAAUAUUAAUCCCCCCUCCCGCAUACUUGUAAUUAUACUAAACCGAUUAAUCAUUCAUGAAUACAUUGCAGAAAAAUGAA